UUAUUAUUAUGGGAAUGGAGUAACUCGCUGUCGUUACAUCAGCCUCCGAGGCUCCUCUCCAGUGCUCAUUCUUGCAAAUAGGUUUUCCUAAUUCCCAGUAAACAGAAGUGCUUUCCUCCCCCUGGGCCCCCUGAAUGCCCUGUUGACUCUCCACCUAGAGUAUGAAGCACGCCGUCUCCCCUCCACCUUCCCUACCUCUUCAAAGGCAGGAUCUGUCCCCCACACGGUGCCUGGCAUGGUGCUGGGCACCUGGAGAAAGUCCAGUGAGCAUGUGUGAACUGAACAUAUGGGAGAAAGUCCUCGCCCACCAGGAGGUGUUGAAAGCCCACUUGUCCUGCAGAACUGCCUCCCUGCCAGUCGCUCAGACCCAGGAAUGCAUCCUGCGCGUCCCUAAGGCGUGCGUUCCUUCAUGCCCAUGCGCCGUCGCGGCGGGGGCGGUUCCCCUGGUAGAAUCCAGAAAACAAGAAUUUGACCCCAUCCGGGGUCUGGAGGAUGCCGAAGGUCUGAGGUCAGUGGAGGGAAGCUGAGUCAUAGCGUUUUGACGCCAUGGAGGUGGUGCUGAUCUUUCUGUGCAGCCUGCUGGCUCCCAGCGUCCUGGCCAGUGCAGCUGAGCAGGAGAAGGAAAAGGACCCUUUUCAUUAUGACUACCAGACUCUGCGGAUUGGGGGACUGGUGUUUGCUGUGGUGCUCUUCUCCGUGGGGAUUCUCCUUAUCCUGAGUCGCAGAUGCAAAUGCAAUUUCAAUCAGAAGCCCCGGGCUCCGGGGGAUGAGGAGGUGCAGGUGGAGAACCUCAUCACUGCAAAUGCAACGGAGCCCCAGAAAGCAGAGAACUGAGGUGCAGCCCUCAGCUCCCAGAACCUGAAAGGAGCUGCUUGAACCUUUAGACGCAAGUGUUGAGGCUUAAGAACACCGGCCACUUCAGCAGCAGAUCUUUCCCCAGGAGAAGCCAAGAGUGUGUGUGUGUCCCCCUGCCCCUUCGCCGUCCCCUGGAACACGAUCCUCAACUUAACGAUGCAACUGACACCCGCCUCUCCUGCCCGCAGCCCGCGGUCUCGUCCACGUCCUGUGACGUGUCUGUUGUGUGUUCGAUGACUGUGAUCUCUGUGGCUGCUUGUUUGUGGAUGAUGUUGUAUUUUAGUGACCCUGAACUCGCUUUCCCGGGUGGGUGCUGAGCCAUGUCACCGUCAGCCCCUCCCUGCCCCCCUGUGGCCCCCACCACCAUCAUCUCCCACUCCUGGGAGUCCACUUUUCCCCUGAGAGACCAGUCCCUUCUCUUGAUUUGGGGGUGGCUGUAGGGCUAGGGGGUGUGGGCAGGGGUCUCCAGUUGUCUUGGGACUUGGGAAGGUUUACAUCACCUCCGUGAUCAUUUUUCUUGGCCUCUCUUCACUUCCUUCACAAGAACCUUGCUUCUGUAUUCUAGUCCGGACCCAGGUCUGUUCUGAGGGUCUCUUGGCAAUUGGGAGGUUCACGGCAAGGAGCUGGUGAGCCCAGCUUUGCCUCCAGGCAGGCUGUGCCCCUUCCACGGUCCUUUCCCUCUUGGGGCUUCCACCCCGGGGUCCUCAUCUGCCCUGCACCGUCGCAGAGCAGCCCAGGAUCCCGGGCCCCAGGCUUCUAGUCUGCCCCUGGGGAACGUGCCCCCUGCAUAUCUUCUCAGCAAUAACCCCAUGGGCUCUGGAACCCUGCUCCUCUCUCCUACCUUCCCUGCUUCCCAGACUCCCAGCUACAGCCCAGCUCUUCUGGACUCAGACUCCUGUCCCUGAAUGAGGUCUCUGGUAGGCAGUGGCUGAGGGGCUCCAUUCUGUGGGGGCCAGCAAAGCAGCAGGGAGAGGAGGCGUCCUGUGCUUCUCUGCCCGCGUCCCGUUGGUCAGGGAGCAGCGAUGCCUCCCAAGCCCUUUGCUCCACCUGUUACUGGUUAGAGCAGCAAGUGCAGCGGCUACACGUGGCUUAGAGACCCGGGGCAGGUGGGCACAGCCCUGCUGCGGAGGGAACUGCCAAGAGGUCGAAGGUCAUACAGAAUGGAAAAUCCAAGCAGACCCCGCCCCUCCCAUCCAUCGUGUUCUCGUGGCAUCCAACCAGACGUGCCGCCGUGACCGGGCCGCUGUCCUCUGUGCUGUGAUCGAUCCUCUCCACAACAAAAGGGAAUAAAACACCAUUUGUUUCCUAGUG